AUGAAAAACUAUGACAAAUAAUCAACUGAACAUUACUUAGCUUUUCUGGUAGUCGGAAACACUUCAGUUGGUAAAACUAGUUUGAUUGUUCGAUACGUUUAUGAUAUUUUUGAAGAAACUGAUAUUCACAAAAAAACACUUAAAUGCUCUAGUUUGUUAAAAAAUGAUACUUUGAAGGAAAUAUUUAUUGAGAAUCAAUGCAUUCAUUUAUAAAUUGUAUCUUAAUAAUUAAUUUUAGCAUGACAUGUCAGGUCCAGAAAAAUACAUUUUUAUACAUAGAAUCUGCAGGUAUUAAAAUUGAUAAGAUUAGAAAAGCACAAGGAAUCCUAAUUCUUUACGACAUAACAAAUAGGGAUUCAUUUAAUAGCAUUUAAUUAUGGAUGACUUAAAUUGAUAGGUAGGAGUAUAUGGAUAUUUUUAGAAUUGCAAAUUUGGGUGUUGUAAGAAUACUAAUAGGAAAUAAAUGUGAUUAAAAUGAUAAUCGAGCUGUCACUUUUGAAGAAGGCUAUUUGUUAGGUAUAGAGAAAUCUUAUCAAAAUAGCAUAAUAACAUGGUAUCAAAUUUUUUGAAACAUCUGCUAAACAAUCAAUUAAUAUUGAAAAUUCAUUCCUUUUUGUAGCUAGAGUGAUUUUAGAAGAAUAAUAAUAAUAUCGUUUAAAUUUAUAGAACAAUGAAAAGAACUAAUAGUUAAAUAUAAAAUAAAAUAAAUAAAGUAAAAAUACUAAAAGUUGCAUCUGA